AACGAAAAUAUAAUUUAGCAUUUUUUAUUUUAUUGAAUAUGAAAAUUUGUGAGUUUGAGUGAUUUUAGCAAAGGCUUCUCCAACUACUCGUAACCGUUUUUUUUUCCUUCUAUAAUCUGUUUCAACAAACUAACUAACUUCUCAUAUUUCUUAUGACCAUUUCCAGCUUCUCACUUGUCUAAUCAAACAGAAAAAUUAACACAAACCAUGUCUUACUACCCGAAAGGCCACCAUCACAGUGACGAUGUCCCUGAGUUCGAUGAGUAUGAUGAAACUCCUUACGGUGGUGGAUACGAUAUCAAAGUGACAUAUGGCAACCCAAUUCCACCAUCGGAGGAGACUUGCUAUCCUCUGUCUUCUGAGUCUGAUGAUUUCGACCAUGAUCGUCCUCAUUAUGCUUCCUCUGCAGAACCAUCUGCCUAUAGUGAUGAAGCUCUUGAUAAUGAGUACCAGAACUAUUCCAAGCCCAAGACUCGUCCCUCCCGUUCCCGCCAUGAGGAUGGGGAUGAAGAUGAGAACCCUCGUCGCAAGCCUGGGAUGAAUCGUCCCAGCGGAGGAGGUUAUGGUGGAGAAAGUGAGUAUAAUGAACAGAGCUCGGAAUACAAUGAGCCAAGUUCUGAUUACGGAUCAGGUUAUGGGAGGAAAAAUGACGAUGAUGAGUACGGAUCAAGGCAGAGAAGGAAAAGUGAGGACGAGGAGGAAAACGCAGAUUACGGUUCUGGUUAUGGACGCAGACAGACCGACUCUCAGUAUGGAUCAGGGUAUGGAAGAAAUAAUGAGUACGAAGAGAACUCUGGUUAUGGACGAAAAACAGACACUGAUGAAUAUGGAUCAGGGUAUGGAAGAAAUAAUGAGUACGAAGAGAACUCUGGUUAUGGACGAAAAACAGACACCGAUGAAUAUGGAUCAGGAUAUCGAAAAAAAAAUAGUGAGUACGAGGAGGAAAGGCAGGAAUAUGGCUCUAGUGGAUAUGGGAAGACGACAAACUAUGGAGAGGAAGAGGACAGUGGGUAUGGAGGGAAAUCAACUAGUUAUGGGCGUUCAAACUAUGAGACAACAGAGGGUGAAGGGUAUGGGACAUCAUUUGAGAGGCCUAGCUAUGGAAGGUCUGAGGAAGAGGACUACAGAAAACCCAGCUAUGGAAUGCGUGACGAUGAUGAUGAAGGCUAUGGUCGCAAGAAAUAUGGUGAUGAUGAAUCGGACGAGGACGAGGACAAGAAACAACGCCAUAGGAGUCGCCAACGUCACCAAAACUAUGACGAUUGAGCAGAGUGCUUCUAUCACCUGCACCGCAGAUCCAUUCAUGCCUUAGUAGAAGUUAUAAUAAAAUAAAGUUGGCAUGUCUUCAUCAGUGUUUGGUGUUUUGUUCCAUUACAAACACUGAUGAUUAAGCAGAGUGCUUUUGUCAUCUGCUCAAUAUUAAUGCCAUAUCACUAGCUAUUAGUAAAUAAAAGUUGGCAUGUCUUUGUUGUGUUUUGUCUGUUCACGGAAAAAUAUUUGCAGUAACUUGUAGUAAUAGCUAUUUUUCUCUUCUCUACUUGAAUAAAAACCCAGACUUUUCAAGCAAUACUAUGCCAUAAAUAGUUCUCUUGUU